AUGAAGAUCACCUACACAGCGGUCUUCUUCCUUCUUCUAUCGAUCACAUCGGUGAUAUCGCUUAGUAUCCCGCAGUCAGAUCUGGUAUCGCGUGAUGAUGCUCUCUCGACCUACGAUUCCUUCAAUGCACCAACUCUUGAGAAACGUCGCGGAGGUGGCGGAGGUGGUCGAGGAGGAGGUAGUAGCGGGGGUUCCAGUGGUGGGCGCAGUGGAAGCGGCGGAAGCAGUGGCUCGUCCGGGGGACGGACUGGUUCUUCCAGUGGUUCAUCCGGAUCUCGUCCUGGUUCUGGUUCCAGUUCCGGUUCGACUCGCAGUCAGCCCUCGUACGGCGGAGGUACCUAUUACGCUGGAGGUGCCAAGGCCCCUUACAGCGCCGGCACCCGGUCGCCUCUUGGUGUCACUCCAUUCCUCUUGCCAGUAGCUGCGCUGGCCGUCUUCCCUGGUAUCUGGUUGUACGGUGCAUAUGCCUACCCGUACUCCCAUCAUUACAACUAUCGGAAUGAGACCUCUCAACAGAACGAGUCCAUGCCGGUAGUUUGCUUGUGUCAAGAGUAUUCGCCCUGCGGCUGUGAUGACAACAACAACCGCACCUAUUAUGAAUCGAUCUUCAAUGGGACGCAGCCUGCCAACUCCAGUGUUGCCAAAGUGGCCAAUGUCAAUGGAACUGACACCAUCUACAUCAAUGGAACUCUGCCAAACGACACGUCUUCGGAUUCUUCCACGUCUUCGGAUUCUUCCACGUCUUCGGAUUCGUCCACAUCUUCGGCUCCCGGUGCUGCCCUUCUGGAACUCAGCGGAUACUGGGCGAUGCUCGCUCUAGUGAUCAGCACCGUCUGGGCGUUGUGA